UAAUCGGCAUUCCGCGGAGGGCAAAUGUACACUGAUCAUCAGUGCCCAUCAGUGCCACAUCAAUGCCACAUAUCAGUGCCUACCAGUGCACAUUAAUGCUACAAAUCAGUGCCCAUCUUAGCUGCCUUUCAGUGUCACCCAUCAGUGCAAUCAGUGCCACCUAUCAGUGCCAGUCAGUGCCACCUAUCACUGCUGCCUAUCAGUGCCAUAUAUCAGUGCUGACUUUCAGUGACCAUCAGUGAUGCCUGUCAAUGCCCAUCAGUGCCACCUACCAGUGCCUCCUCAUCAGUGCAAAUCAGUGCCACCUAUCAGUGUCCAUCAGUGCAGCCUAUCAGUGCCCAUCACUGCAGCCUCAUUAGCGCACAUCAGUGA